CUGGAGCACGGCGGCGGCGGCAACGCCGGGGCGAUGCGGCGGUAUCUUCGCAUCGUGCUCCUGUGUCUGGGCUGCGGCUUCUGCUCGCUUCUCUACGCUUUCAGCCAGCUCGCCGUGUCCCUGGAGGAAGGAGCGGGCGGCCGUGGCGAGAAGCCGCAGGCCGCAGCGGCUUCCUGGCUCGGGGAAGGCGUACGCGGCGCCGGGCGAGGGGCGGGCAGCGCGGGCCCAGCGGCGCAUCCUGACGGGUCGGACAGGUGUAAAGAUUUCUCUCUGUGUUACUGGAAUCCCUAUUGGAUGCUGCCCUCUGAUGUUUGUGGAAUGAACUGCUUUUGGGAAGCGGCUUUUAGAUAUAGCCUGAAAAUACAGCCCAUUGAGAGAAUGCACUUAGCUGUAGUCGCCUGUGGUGAAAGACUGGAAGAAACUAUAACCAUGUUGAAAUCAGCUAUCAUUUUCAGCAUCAAACCUCUUCAGUUCCAUAUUUUUGCUGAAGAUCAGCUACAUGAUAGCUUUAAAAGCAUACUUGAUGGCUGGUCAUUUCUACAAACAUUUAAUUAUACAUUAUAUCCAAUAACCUUUCCAAGUGAAAAUGCAGUGGAAUGGAAAAAGCUCUUUAAACCAUGUGCUUCUCAGAGAUUAUUCUUGCCAUUAAUCCUGAAAGAAGUUGACUCAUUAUUGUAUGUCGACACUGAUAUCCUUUUUUUGCGACCUGUUGAUGAUAUUUGGUCUUUACUAAAGAAAUUUAAUUCCACACAAAUUGCUGCAAUGGCACCAGAACAUGAAGAGCCUCGGAUAGGAUGGUAUAAUCGCUUUGCCAGACAUCCAUACUAUGGAAAAACUGGAGUAAAUUCUGGAGUUAUGUUGAUGAACAUGACUCGAAUGAGAAGGAAGUAUUUCAAGAAUGAUAUGACAACUGUACGACUACGAUGGGGAGAUAUACUUAGGCCAUUGCUUAAAAAAUACAAACUAAACAUCACAUGGGGUGAUCAAGAUUUAUUGAAUAUCAUGUUUUUUCACAAUCCAGAAAGCCUUUUUGUUUUUCCCUGUCAUUGGAAUUAUCGCCCAGAUCAUUGUAUAUAUGGAAGCAAUUGCCAAGAAGCUGAAGAAGAAGGAAUCUUUAUUCUUCAUGGGAACAGAGGCGUUUAUCAUGAUGAUAAGCAGCCAGCAUUUAGAGCUAUUUAUGAAGCACUGAGAAAUUGUUCUUUUGAAGUUGACAGCAUCCGUUCCUUAUUAAAACCUUUAGAACUGGAACUACAAAAGACAGUGCAUACAUACUGUGGAAAAAUUUACAAAAUAUUUAUCAAACAACUAAUGAAAAGCAUAAGAGACCGUUAUGAUAAACCACCAGAUGAGAGGUGAUCCUUGGUGACUGCUAAACUAAUUGAAUUAAAAGAACAAAAUGUCAGAAGAUAAGUGCAAAGGGGUUGUCUUAGAUGAAGUUUUCAGGAAGGAAUUAUUUAUAUGUCUUCAGAAUAAUUUUUUUUCCUGACAUAAGUUAACUGAGCAGCAUGUUUAUGCAAUGAAGAAAAAGUUAAACCCUUGGGCCUCAAGAAGGUAUUUUUGAUAUCUGAUGUUUUGUAGCAUUAUUAGCUAUCAUUCCAGUAUUGAUGAAAAUAUUAUUGAAUGGUUAUAGCCUCCAGACUUCCAUUGACUCAUAUUCUCAAGUGAGAAUUAUAUGGGUGUAUGGAUGGAGAAAAGUUACCUCAUACACAAUGGAAACAUUCAAACUGUGAAUAUAGCAAUAAUUUAAUGUCAGCACUAACCUCACUUUAAAUGUGUGAGAUAAAGUUGUUUACAGGAGCAGAAAAGGUUCUGUUUCUAAAGAAAUGUGAUGUAACUGAUAUAACCAUUGACAAUCUGUGUGUGCCUUUAUACAUUUCAUCUCUGUUUUAAAAUAUUUUUUGUGACAAUCAUGUUUAAAAUUGUUUUUACAUUAUAAGUAAGAUACAUGCUUAAAAUUGAGGUGUAUAAGAAAGUGUGAAAACUUUGGAGUUUCAGUCAGUGGGAUUUUGUUUAUCUAUGUAUUUGUGAGAUACAAUAUUUUCAUUUGGUAUUUGCUAAAAUGUCUUGCCGAAACUCAGAUCUAAGAUUGUUAAACAGUAAUUUGGGAAAAUUUCUUAUUACUUUUAAUGAAAACUUUCAGCUUUACUGGACAUUCUGGAAGCAAAUAUUAUGCUGAUAAUAAAGUGAGAAAAUUAAUAGUAUACUAAUCUGAUGGUGGAAAAUGUGAUGGACCAAAAUGUAUAAGCUACACACUUCCUGUGAACAGUAAUUGUAGUUAUAAUGAAGUGGGAAAAAGUGGUCCAUUUAAACUUUUUUUUUCUACCUCAAAAUGGCUUCGCAAGAUAUUUUACAGGAAGCAAAUGUAUAGAGCCUUACUGUAAGUGGACAACUUUGGAGGAUGAUUUAGAUUAAGAAGAUGAUUGCUACAUCUGACUUCUAGAAAAAAUAAUUUUGAUUGGGUUAAUGUGCAUAUCGUUUUAAGACAGUUAAUUUUUUUUUUAAUCUUAAAGAUAAGAAAAAUAUUACUUCUCCUGGCAUUCUUACCUGCUAUGUAAUAUAACUAUAGGUUCUGAGUACUUGGCAUAUGAUGUGCUGGGCCACAUACCUCAUUUUACUAAGUGCUAUAUGGUUAUCUUCUUUUUUCUCUCUUUGGUAUUUUAAUACUUAAAUAGAGAAGGGAAAAUCAUGCAGGAAAAUUUUAUCACUCAUGUGAAAAUAGUAGCAGUUGGCUUUAUGAAGUAAUCAGUGCCCCCUGUAGAGACAAUGAAUAUGCAGAAAAAGAUGUUCAGGACUGUUUUCCUCUGUCUUCUGCAGUUCGAUCAGGAACAGAAAGAGAGAGAAAAGGAGUGAGAGGUAAAUUAGAAGUUGAUAAUCAGUCCAGCACUCUUAACAAUAAAUAAAUUUAGAUUGUACAAUCUCUACUUCCUUGGCAGAAUGCCACGAUGAAUCUAAGAACCUGUGAACUGUAAUGAAAUUGAGUCUUCUAAGUAAAAAAUGAGAAACAUUGAAUUUUGAAGUUUGAAGGAUGUAUAUAAGAUAAUUUCUAGUAGUUGGUAAAUGAGAUUGCUGCCUACCUAUAUAAGACUCUUGUGGGGAACUUGUUGAAAGAGCUUCCUGGGUUUCACCCUUUGGAGAGUCUUAUACUAUGUCUGGCACGGGGUCUACAACCCCCCCCCCCUUUUUUUAAAAUGAAAGAUGUAAACAAUACACAAAAAGAGAGUAGUAUGAUGAUGGUACUUGUCACCCAGAUCAGUUAUCAAUAUUUUACCAAUUUGUUUCAUCUAUCCCUUUUAUUCUUUGUUGAUGUGUCUUGAAGAUAAUCCCAUACAUGGUGUUAUUUCACCACUGCACACUUUAGUAGGUAUAUUGAAAACACAGGAACAAUUUGGUAACCACAAUGACAUAAUAGCUAACAAAUGUAACAACACCUCUUUAGUUUCAUCUAAUAUCUAGUCCUUCAGCCAAUUUUUCUGCCUAAUGCCAUUUUAUGGUUGCCUUGUUAGCACAUGUUAGUUUAUGAUUCUGUUUUUAGCAAACACCUCAGAUGAUUUUGAUGUCAGCUAAUUUGGGUACCACUGAAAAUUAUUUUGACAACUUAAAGUUGGAAGUUAGGAUACCACAAUUCUUGAUACAGUUGGUGUAUUGUAAAAUGUGAUUCUGAAAUACUGUAAUAGAAAAAUACCUGGAGUUUUUUACAGGAUACAAAUGUGUAUUAUUAGUAAGUUCCUUAAGAUUUAAUUUCUUCAAUUAAUAGAGAACCUAAGCCUCAUGGACUUUGACCAGGACAAUGUAGAGUAUGAGCAUAGUUUAAUCCAACUGGAUUGUAUACUGUGGUCCAGCACAUGUACUGUGGCUUAUUUACACUGUCAUACACUACAUUGUGGAUGAGUUGGAAGGUUCUUCAUCCAUUUUAUAGAGAACUGACCUAAUUGGUUAUUUUGCCAUAAACUGGGUUUUGAUGAAAACUCCACAUAAGAGCUAGUUUUACCUAAAAUUAAGGGUAUCACAGAAAUUCCAAACUAUAUAAAAAUGAAUUUUCUAAAUUUACCUUGAGACAAGGUAACUUUUUUCUUGAAGUUUUUAUUUCAAGAAAUACAAUUCUCAGAGUUAAUGCAGUUAAAUUAUAGAUGGACAACUUAUAGAACAUAUUACAUUGUUUUUCAGUAUAAACAUUCUUUUCAUAGAAUGUGGUAUAUCUAUGCAGUUUAUAUAGAUUACGUUACGUAUUCUUAGAAUCUAUGCGUUAGAACACUUCUGACCUCAGAAAUAUCUUUGGGCUACGGUAUUACCAAAGCUGAGUGAGUUUUAAAAGUAGUCAAACUUUGUAUCAAGUAGCCAUCUUAAAAGAACUUGGAAAACCUUUGGAAAAUAUAUAUUAUGAUUUGUAUUUUAAGAAAAUACAUACUUUUAUUUUCCCUAUGAAAAGCAGUUCAUCAUGUAUAAGCUGACUAACUUAUCUUUGGAAGCUUUAGAGCCUGUAACGAUAUUUCUGCUUGCUCAUAACCCUCUCGUCUUGCCUCUAGUCAGAUGUUAUUGGUGUAAUAUAAAGAAGACCAGGUUAUGAACAAAGAUCUUGUUCUAGGGACCUCAGGCAUAUUAUUUAACCUUCUCUGUGCCCUAGGUUUUUUUUGUACAAUCAGUAUGCCCUACAAACCUCAUAAGAUGAUGAGACUCAGAAGAGAUAAUGAAUUUGAAAGCAUGCCCCAUGGUUUAUGUUAGCACCACACCAGUGUUACUGUUGAAGUUUAUUUUCCCCUAUUCCUCUGUAGAUCAUUUUGUUUCUUUAGGCUGAACGUUUUCUGACAUAAAUCUCCAGUGUGAAUGCUUAUAUUAUGUAAGGAGGAAUUUUUAGGGAAAGAAGCUAGAGAAGAAAAGAAUGAUGUAAAAGAAUGACCCAAAAAAUGGAAAAGAGAGAAAGUGAGAAAAGGAGCGAGAGGAAAGAGAAGGGAAUAAGAGUGAGAGUGCCAAAGGCAGAGUAAGAGAAAAGGUGGAAUGAGAGCAGGAAAAUAGAGAAAUAGAGAUGGAGAGAAAUGUUCUAGAAACAUUCACUUUUUAAUUUUAGCCCCCCCAUCCUAUGCCCUGUCUGCUUGCCCUCUAGCUUAGUUCAUGAGCCCUCAGGCAUCAGGUAAGGGGUGAAGCUACCUUUGUUUGAUUUGUUGACAGUAGAAUUGUUUCCCAGUCACCUUACUUGACAUUUUUUCUUUUUACUGGAUCCCAGUUUGUGAGCUAGGACCUGUGGAAACAAGAUGACAAAUAUCUGUGUUCUUUUUAACAUUGUCCUUAAAUCAUCUCAAAAUUUAUGUAGUUAUGCAAGGCUAAUCACAUAAAUUCAUCAGGGGAGGUUGGGGGCAUUGGAUGAUGUGGGGCACUGCUUUGUUAGGUGUCAAGAGGCUCAGGAAUUUAUUUAAAUAAACAUUUUCCCCAGAUUAUCCUAAUAGGAAGCCAGGUUUGGGAAUCACUGCUCUGCCUUGAAUGGCACCUUGAACAGUAUGUCACAUCUAUUUAUUCCUUAAUAGGUAUACUUUCAGUUGAGCUGUUACGAAUGGAUUCUAGAGAGCAGGAGAUAGCAGAAACUCUUACAGGGAAAAAACUUAAAAGAUUUUAUUCAUUGUCUUCUUUUUCAGAAGUUUGUAUUGAAAGUAAUUAGUAUCUUAGUAAUCAGAACCUCUGAGGUAUGUUUUUUUUUUAAAGAGACUUCUGAUUGGUUUUUUUAAAUACCUUUUUUGAGUUCCUUAGAGUAAGUAGAGGAAGAAAGUAGGGGUGCAGUAUAAAAGGUGUGGGACUAGAUAUCCAUUUAUUAAAUGUAAUUUCAAGUGUCUUAAAACAGUAAUUGCUUUAUUGCAUUUUAAUGUUUAAUAAAAGUAGAUUAAAUAAUGAGUUGUAAUAUAGCAGUUACCUUUUAUACAUUGCCAAAGCAACCUUUUUUUGCCUAUUAAACUGUGGCUGAACUAUGUUCUGAUUCUUUCUUAACUUUUUGAAACUAGAUCUUUAAAACAAAGUUAUAUGAGCUUAAGACAGAAGCUAAAGGGUGGUGCAAGACUUUUCUAUUUUUAAAACUAAAAAUGAAUAUUGAUGUUAUUCACUAGGAAUUAUAGAAUCAAGAGAAUAUGGUCUUAAAAUAGCAUGUUGGGCUAGUCAAUUUAAACUUGUUUGAAACCAAUCUCAAACUUGCUUUUAAAUAGAAAGGUAUGCAUUAUCACCUAAUUUCUACCAAUAAUUUCAAGUGGCUAAUGGGGUUAUUUCUUUAGAAUUUUUCGUAAACUUAGUUUUCAAACAAAAGAGAGCCUUUGAAAAGAUAGAGGUAAAAACGAGAAAUGAAAAUUUUUCUCCCUACUGAAUACUGUGAAUACACUUUGGAGGGUCCGUGGUCAAACAUUGUAAUAUCAAACUUAACUGAUAUGAAACCUUUGAAUACGUUUGGUUUAUAUAUACAGUACUAAUAUGUACAUGUUCAUAUGCUUAUGUAUCACAAUCCCUUGUAAAAAUUGGUGGAGAGAAUGUAACAGUUUAUAUUCUGCUUUAAAAGUGAAUUGACUUUGACUAUGAUGGAAAAUAGCUGUUUUCAACCUUUUAUAAAGUCUCUUCAAGGAAUAUUAGAAUGUGGUGCAAAAAUAAUUCAGGGUUUUAGCAUUGCUGUAGCAUAUGGCAUCUUUUCAAAACUUAGUAUAACUCACAUGCAUUAUCAUCAGUAUUUGAGAGCUGGACCACUGGUUUUUGAUGGAUGCUGUAGCAGAAGACCCAUGAAGGAGAUUGGACAUAUUACUCAGAACAUGAACGCACAACAGUUUAUCCUUGUUCCUGAAAUUGGAAACUGGAAGAGAUCACAGAUGUUUGAAUUGUUCACAAGCAUUUAAAAUAUUAAUAUUUUGAUUAGUAAUAAUUGUAAAGCUGCAAGAUGGCAUCUUGGUGUACUGUGAUGUAUAGAGAUUACUAUCCUUAAGCUACUUUUUACCUUUAAAUAUUUAGAAUAAUUUGCCUGUCCUCCUUCAAAUAUUUUGUGCAUUUUAACAUUAUUAAAGUGGAGUAUAAGAUUACAGAUUCAGUUCUAACCUGAGAAAAAUAGAAAAUUUCUUUGUUCUGUUGGGGGAAUUCAACUCAUCUUUUUCUUAAGAAAUUGUGUUGCUGUUUCUAA